AUGAGUGCGAAAGAGCGAGCAUUAAUUGCUAGAACGCAUGAAGAAUUUGGCAUGUGUUUAACAGCAGACAGACUAAAAGAUGACUUUGAGAAACUAGGCAUCACAGCUGGCAUAACAUUAUUGGUUCAUUGUUCAUUGUCAAAAAUCGGCUGGGUUUGUGGUGGACCUGUGACUAUCAUACAAGUGCUAUUAGAUUUGUUAGGUCCUGAUGGGACUCUUGUGAUGCCAUCUCAUACUGCGGAUAAUUCAGAGCCCAAAUAUUGGCAGAAUCCACCAGUACCACCUGAGUGGUUUGACACUAUUCGGCAAGCGAUACCAGGUUAUCAAACAGAUAUAACACCAACAUUUAACAUGGGAAAAUUAGCUGAAACAUUUCGUCAUUGGCCAGGUGUUUUACGAAGUCAACAUCCACUAUAUUCAAUGAUUGCUCUUGGUCGAAAAGCGAAAUUAAUUAUUGAUCAACAUUAUGAUUCAUGUGGUGAACAAUCUCCACUAGCUCGCUUGUAUGAUUGUACUGAUAAUGGUUAUGUUUUGCUACUCGGUGUACCACAUGAAAAUAAUACAUCAUUACAUUUGGCUGAAUAUCGCUUUCAAAUAGAUCGUAAUAUUAAGAAAACUUUUGUGUGUGGUACGUCGAUAAUAAAUCCCGAAACAAACACACGUCAGUGGUUUGAAUGGAAUGAUUAUGAUUAUGAUGCAAAAGAUUUUAAUGACGUCGGACAUGCAUUUGACUCGAUUGAAGGAAAUACAAAAAUAGGAAAAGUUGGACUGGCUGAAUGUCGAUUGAUGAAACAAUAUUUAUUAGUCGAUUUUGCUGUUAAUUGGAUGGAUCAAAAUAGAUUGAAAUAA